AGGAAAUCAUUUGCCAGAAGAAUACUAUGUGCACUGGGAACUACACCUUUGUUCCUUACAUGAUCACUCCACAUAACAAGGUCUACUGCUGUGACAGCAGCUUCAUGAAGGGGUUGACGGAGCUCAUGCAACCGAACUUCGAGCUGCUUCUUGGACCCAUCUGCUUACCUCUCGUGGAUCGUUUCAUUCAACUUUUGAAGGUGGCACAAGCAAGUUCUAGCCAGUAUUUCCGGGAAUCUAUACUCAAUGACAUCAGGAAAGCUCGUAAUUUAUACACUGGUAAAGAAUUGGCAGCUGAGUUGGCAAGAAUUCGGCAGCGAGUAGAUAAUAUCGAAGUCUUGACAGCAGAUAUUGUCAUAAAUCUGUUACUUUCCUACAGAGAUAUCCAGGACUAUGAUUCUAUUGUGAAGCUGGUAGAGACUUUAGAAAAACUGCCAACCUUUGAUUUGGCCUCCCAUCACCAUGUGAAGUUUCAUUAUGCAUUUGCACUGAAUAGACGAAAUCUCCCUGGAGAUAGAGCAAAAGCUCUUGAUAUUAUGAUUCCCAUGGUGCAAAGUGAAGGACAAGUUGCUUCAGAUAUGUAUUGCCUAGUUGGUCGAAUCUACAAAGAUAUGUUUUUGGACUCCAAUUUCACAGACACUGAAAGCAGAGACCAUGGGGCUUCUUGGUUCAAAAAGGCAUUUGAAUCUGAGCCAACACUACAGUCAGGAAUUAAUUAUGCAGUCCUCCUCCUGGCAGCUGGGCACCAGUUUGAAUCUUCCUUUGAGCUCCGGAAAGUUGGGGUGAAGCUAAGUAGCCUUCUUGGUAAAAAGGGAAACCUGGAAAAACUCCAGAGCUACUGGGAAGUUGGAUUUUUUCUGGGGGCCAGUGUCCUAGCUAACGACCACAUGAGAGUCAUUCAAGCAUCUGAAAAGCUUUUUAAACUGAAGACACCAGCAUGGUACCUCAAGUCUAUUGUAGAGACAAUUUUGAUAUAUAAGCAUUUUGUGAAACUGACUACUGAACAGCCUGUGGCCAAGCAAGAGCUUGUGGACUUUUGGAUGGAUUUCCUGGUGGAGGCCACGAAGACAGAUGUUACUGUGGUUAGGUUUCCAGUAUUAAUAUUAGAACCAACCAAAAUCUAUCAACCUUCUUAUUUGUCUAUCAACAAUGAAGCUGAGGAAAAAACAAUAUCUAUUUGGCAUGUGCUUCCUGAUGACAAGAAAGGUAUACAUGAGUGGAAUUUCAGUGCCUCUUCGGUCAGGGGAGUGAGUAUUUCUAAGUUUGAAGAAAGAUGCUGUUUUCUGUAUGUGCUCCACAAUUCUGAUGAUUUCCAAAUCUAUUUCUGUACAGAACUUCAUUGUAAAAAGUUUUUUGAGAUGGUGAACACCAUUACCGAAGAGAAGGGGAGAAGCACAGAGGAAGGAGACUGUGAAAGUGACUCCUUGGAGUACGACUAUGAAUAUGAUGAAAACGGUGACAGAGUCGUUUUAGGAAAAGGCACUUAUGGGAUAGUCUACGCAGGUCGGGACUUGAGCAACCAAGUCAGAAUUGCUAUUAAGGAAAUCCCAGAGAGAGAUAGCAGAUACUCUCAGCCCCUGCAUGAAGAAAUAGCAUUGCAUAAGCACCUGAAGCACAAAAAUAUUGUCCAGUAUCUGGGCUCUUUCAGUGAGAAUGGUUUCAUUAAAAUCUUCAUGGAGCAGGUCCCGGGAGGAAGUCUUUCUGCUCUCCUCCGUUCCAAAUGGGGUCCGUUAAAAGACAAUGAGCAAACAAUUGGCUUUUAUACAAAGCAAAUACUGGAAGGAUUAAAAUAUCUCCAUGACAAUCAGAUAGUUCACCGAGACAUAAAGGGUGACAAUGUGUUGAUUAAUACCUACAGUGGUGUACUCAAGAUCUCUGACUUCGGGACAUCAAAGAGGCUUGCUGGCAUAAACCCCUGUACUGAAACUUUUACUGGCACCCUCCAGUAUAUGGCACCGGAAAUAAUAGAUAAAGGACCAAGAGGCUACGGAAAGGCAGCGGACAUCUGGUCUCUGGGCUGCACAAUCAUUGAAAUGGCCACAGGAAAACCCCCAUUUUAUGAACUGGGAGAACCUCAAGCAGCUAUGUUCAAGGUGGGGAUGUUUAAAGUCCACCCUGAGAUCCCAGAGUCCAUGUCUGCAGAGGCCAAGGCAUUCAUACUGAAAUGUUUUGAACCAGAUCCUGACAAGAGAGCCUGUGCUAACGACUUGCUUGUUGAUGAGUUUUUAAAAGUUUCAAGCAAAAAGAAAAAGACACAACCUAAGCUUUCAGCUCUUUCAGCUGGAUCAAACGAAUAUCUCAGGAGUAUAUCCUUGCCGGUACCUGUGCUGGUGGAGGACACCAGCAGCAGCAGUGAGUACGGCUCAGUUUCACCCGACACGGAGUUGAAAGUGGAUCCCUUCUCUUUCAAAACAAGAGCCAAAUCCUGUGGAGAAAGAGACGUAAAGGGAAUUCGGACACUCUUUUUGGGCAUUCCAGAUGAGAAUUUUGAAGAUCACAGUGCCCCCCCUUCCCCUGAAGAAAAAGAUUCUGGAUUCUUCAUGCUGAGGAAGGACAGUGAGAGGCGAGCCACCCUUCACAGGAUCCUGACCGAAGACCAAGACAAAAUCGUGAGAAACCUGAUGGAAUCUUUAGCUCAGGGGGCUGAAGAACCAAAACUAAAAUGGGAACACAUCACAACCCUCAUUGCAAGCCUCAGAGAAUUUGUGAGAUCCACAGAUCGAAAAAUCAUAGCCACCACACUGUCAAAGCUGAAACUGGAGCUGGACUUCGACAGCCACGGUAUUAGCCAAGUCCAGGUGGUGCUCUUUGGUUUUCAAGAUGCUGUAAGUAUGCUAUUUUGCCAGUGUUUCCCCACAUGCCAAACAGAACUAAGGCCACAUUUUAGCCUUGCAUCUGAGAGUGAUACUGCUGAUCAAGAAGACUUGGAUGUAGAAGAGGACCAUGAGGAACAGCCUUCAAAUCAAAGUGUUCGAAGACCUCAGGCUGUCAUUGAAGAUGCUGUGGCUACCUCAGGCGUGAGCACGCUCAGUUCUACUGUGUCCCAUGAUUCCCAGAGUGCUCACCGGUCACUAAAUGUACAGCUUGGGAGGAUGAAAAUAGAAACCAAUAGAUUACUGGAAGAAUUGGUUCGGAAAGAGAAAGAAUUACAAGCACUCCUUCAUCGAGCUAUUGAAGAAAAAGACCAAGAAAUUAAACACCUGAAGCUUAAGUCCCAACCCAUAGAAAUUCCUGAGUUGCCUGUAUUUCACCUAAAUUCUCCUGGCACAAAUACUGAAGAUUCUGAACUUACCGACUGGCUGAGAGAAAAUGGAGCUGAUGAAGACACUAUAAGCCGGUUUUUGGCUGAAGAUUAUACACUAGUAGAUGUUCUCUACUAUGUUACACGUGAUGACUUAAAAUGCCUGAGACUAAGGGGCGGGAUGCUGUGCACACUGUGGAAAGCCAUCAUUGAUUUUCGAAACAAACAGACUUGACUGUUGCUCAAUUUAAUCUUCAGUGGAAAUUCUCAAAAUUAAUACAGAGCUGAUCUUCUUGGGGGUGGGAAAAUCAAAGGGAGAGGAGAAAGGAGCUGCACUUUACAUCCAGUAUUUGUUUACUCAUGUUAAAAAAAAAAAAAAAAACAGACAAAACACACUGAAAUUUCCUAACUACUUCUAUUUCUAUAAUUUUUAAGGACUCUUCAUAAGGACUCUCAAAAUAAUCCUGAACAUUAGAACACUAAUGUUCAGGAAGAUUUUAAUCUCAGCAUUUUUAUGGAAAUAUUUUUAAUGCAGCAGCUAUUGCACUUCAGCCAAAUGUUUAUUUCACACAAAACAGAUAUAACAUUUCAUGUGAUUGUGCACCACUGGAACAAAACCAAAAUGUGACCAUAAAUUUCUAGGCUUCUGUGUGUAAGAUACUCUAACAAUCUGAGUAGCAAUGCAUAAUUUCAAUUACUGUAUAAAGUUUAUGUUUUUUUAAGUGUGCAGAAUCUGAGAUCAAUGGUUUUUACGUAUCUGUGUUGGUUGUAAUAUUGACUAUUUUGUAAGUUAAGUUUCUGACCUAUAGUACAUUUGUUUGAGUCGUUUAUGUACUACUGAACUGUACCAGUUGCACAUGCCUGAACUGUAGUAAUGUUAGCUUGUUCUAAAGCUAUCCAUUGUGUCAUAUUCACUCUGAAAAUUAAAAAGACGCUCAACAUACUGUUUUGAUAA